AUGUAUAUUGGUCAUCAUUCUCAUAUUCUAUAUUUUGUUGAUUUUAGUCUAACAAAACAAUAUCAUGAUUUCGUUAUAUAUGUUCAUCGUAAUUUUGUUUACGGAAAAAGUUUAACAGACACAGCUCAAUAUGCUUCAUUACAUACUUAUCAGGGUUCUUUACCAUGGCAAGGUCUAAAAGCGAAAAUUAAACAACAAAAAUAUGAGAAAAUUGUUGAACUUGAACAAACAAUAUCUAUUGAAGAAUUAUGUUCAGAUUUGCUGUUACAAAUUAUUACUAUAAAUUUAUAUGUAAAAUCCUUAACUUUUGAUGAACAAUCUGAUUAUGAUCAUAUUAAACGACAAUUACGUACUAUUAUUGUUGUUAAUAAUGGAAAAUAA